CCAAAUUUCUACAACACACACUCAUCACCACUUCCAGAUGUCGGAACCUAUCGUUGAUCUUGACUCGUCAAUGGCAGGAUCCCCCGCCUUCUCGACUGGGUCCCGAGAGGCUCAUCAAAAGGAAGGCUCAGCUCCAAAAUCUGGACGUCCUACCCCCGACCCACAGUCCCCGUCACCUAUCGGCAAUCUGAUGGAGGAUUUGGAGGCCCUUGCACUUGGACAAAACCCUCCUCUUGGAGACAGCGGUGCCUCAGAUCUCGGUGUCCUGGAGAGAGGCGUCAGCUCCUUGGACCUCAGAGCACGCGCGGACACAACCAAGGCUAAUGCGACACCUCCGAAUCCUCCUCUUGGAGACAGCGGUGCCUCAUAUCUCGGUGUCCUGGAGAGAGGCGUCAGCUCCUUGGACCUCAGAGAACGCGCGGACACAACCAAGGCUAAUUCGACGCAAAGGCAUGCAGAGGUGGCAGACCAAGGGGAGGCCAGAGGGAGUGAAGUCGGAGGUGAAAGGGAAGAGGAGAGGAGAGUAGAAAGAGAGAGGGUAGUCGAGGGAAUGGGCGGGGCACGUGAGCGACAGGGGUCCAGAGGGCAGAGAGGCGGUCCGAAGGAGGGGCCUCGAAAAAGGAAGGGUGUAGGCAACAAGGAAAUCGGAACGGCUGCUUACCAUGCCAAUCGUAAGCGUAAGGCCAGGAAGAUCAAGAAGGAGAAGACGCCAUACAUUCGAAGAAAGUGGGAGAGAACCCGAGCCGAAGGUGCACCCAUUAUCGCCCGAGCAGCAGCAGCAGCAGCACAAGUGGCAGCACAAGUAGCAGUGGUAGCCGCCAGCACAGCAGAAAUACAAGCCGGUGAAGCAAGAUCAGCAGCAAUUUCAGGAGAACCCGCAAGAGCGGAUGCGGCGGCCCGAGCAGCACGAGUAGCAUAUGGAAUGGUUCUCGGAGCAAGAGCGACAGUGGCAGUACUGGCAUCCACAGCAAGGGCAGAGGCGGACGAAGCACAAGCAGCAGGCGAAGCAGGAGACGCAACAGCCGAUACCAAAGCGGACGUACAAGAUGUGCUCCAAUCAGCUGAAGAUGCAGAUGAUGAAGAGGCAAUAGCUUUGGGACAAGUAGCGGCAGCAGCAGCGUCAGCCGCAUCGGCAACAACAGCCGCAAGUACCGCGGCCGCCGCUGCAGAAGCUCAAGCAGCAGUAGAGCUUCAACGAGGAAAAGCCAGACAACAUGCAGAAGAAAGAGGAGAUGAACGGCUCAAGGAAAAAGCAAUGGACACAUGGAGACCGAAGCAGGGGGCUCAGGAGGAAGUGGAGGGAAAGAAGAGGGAAGGGGUGGACGAGGAACGGGUGGACGAGGGACGGGUGGACGAGGGACGGGUGGACGAGGGACGGGUGGACGAGGAAAGGGUGGAAGAGGAACGGGUGAACGAGGAACGGGUGGACGAGGGAGGGGCAAUAUCUGUGGCCAAGACCGACUCUCCGCCGGUCAUUUAG